AUGUACCUGCCAUCAACAUCGUACACAGGACCUUCAACUACAAUUAACAGCGGUGCGGGGACAUCUACUGCGGGGAGCUCUGAGCGCACGGAAGACGCGUUCCACCAGCCAGCCAACACUCAUGCCACAAACAAUGCCGAGUCAGUGUCGGAAAUGGCAAUCGUUACAGCAAUGCCAACAAGCACACCUUUGCACACCAGCACAAGAAACACUCAAGCGGAUCAAAUAGCCACCGAUACUGAAGUGAAUGAUGAAACUGAUGAUGAAGCACAAGGGGAUGAAGAUGGUGGGCAAUCAGAAAUCAUAGUACCUCAGCCACCGUAUGUUGGGCAGAGAUUUGAUUCGUUUAAAGAUGCAAAGGAAUUCUACCAGACAUAUGCAAAGUUCCAUGGGUUUGCGGUCAACAGUGAAUACCAUAGGAAAAUUAAAAAAACUAACGAGUACAGCAAAGGUGAGAUGGGGUGCUACAAAGCACGAAGAAACAAGAAGGGCAAAGGUGAUGCGCCAAUCGUUCCGGAACGAAAGAGAGGUAUCAUUGUCAAGACGGAAUGCCCUGUCCGGUGUAAGCUGAACGUAGAUGGAGCAUGGUGGGUGGUCACUGAAUAUUUUGACAAGCACAACCAUGAGCUCAUAAAGAAGUUUGACCUGGUAAAAUUUCUGACCGCCCACAGAGGAUUCACCCCCCUCGUGAAGAAAUUCAUAAAGCUGCUACAUGAUUGUAACAUUGGUCCAUCAAGAAUGGUCCAGAUACUCUCCCUCAUCCACAGCAAAAAUGGGACUCUGAGUAGCAUGCCCUACAUACCAGCAGAUGUCACAAACCUAAAGGCAAAGUACCGUAGAGAAAGCAAGUUGGCUGACAUAGAAGCCACGAUAGCCUACUUCGACGAGAAAGCGAAAGAAGAUCCAGAUUUCUUCUACAGGAUAAGAUUGGAUGAUGAGGACCGUGUCAGGAACAUGUAUUGGGUGGAUGGUGCGGCAAGAAGAGCCUACAAACAUUUCCGAGACUGCAUUUCAUUCGACGCAACAUAUCUCACUAAUAUGUAUAAGAUGCCAUGCGCUCCAUUCAUAGGAAUAAAUAACCACAAUCAGUCAUUGCAGUUCGGAUGCGGGCUCGUUCGGAACGAAGACACGGAUGGGUACACUUGGCUGUUCAAGACCUUCUUGGAGUGCAUGGGUGGACUUGCUCCGAUGAACAUAAUAACAGACCAGGAUUUUAACAUGCGUGCAGGCAUAGAGGAGGUCUUUCCAUUGGCAGUGCAUAGGCACUGCAGGUGCCACAUUAUAAAGAAGGCUGAGGAGACACUAGGACCAUUCUUUGCAGACCGUCCAGAUCUGCACAAGGCAUUCGAGCUGUGCGUGGACCACAGCUUGACGGUGGAGGAGUUUGAAAGGAGCUGGAUGGCUAUGAUUGAAACAUUUCAAGUCCAAGACCACGAGACGCUUGCUAGCCUGUGGGAAAAGCGAAUGUAUUGGGUGCCGACCUACUUCAUGCAGUGCUUCUUCCUGUUUCUGCAGACUACACAGCGCAGCGAGGGGUUCAAUGCUGUUUUGAAGCGGUACGUGAGCCCUGGCAACUCAUUGCUACAGUUUGCCAAGCAAUACACCACUUUGCAACAAAAAAUACUGGGAUCCGAGCUACAACAAGAAGCAAACACCGCGCUCAAGCAGCCAAAAUUGCUAACGUAUUUACCGAUGGAGAGGCAGAUGAGCAAGAUAUACACCAACAAGAUUUUUAACAAAUUCCAGGAAGAAAUCAAGCGUGCCAGCAUGUACACGGCUUUCCAGGUGGACGAACAUACGAUCAAGAUGUGUUCUAUCCAGGGCAUGUCGGAUUCAGAACCUGAAGACCCGGACAAGGGAAGGAACUACUUUGUGAAGGCAUCGAUAAGCGAAGGCGAAUACUACUACCAAUGCUCCAAAUUCGAACGGGACAGGAUUGUGUGCUGUCACAUACUAAAAGUAAUGGACAUGAACGCGGUGACACGAAUGCCCCGCCAUUUCAUAAGGCGGCGAUGGACUUGGGACGCUGACGACGCAUUGGCGCCGCAAACAUCAAACGCAUUUUUGGCUGUGCAUGACGAGAGGCCAGAGUCAACCAUGGAAGCCGUGAGGCACGUUGUGUUGACAAAGAACUAUGCUGAACUAAUUGAUGAAGCGUGCAAGAGUGAUGAGACAGUGAGGGUCGCAGAAAAACACAGGAAGGCCCUCAAAAGAGAGCUUGAUGAGAUCAAGAAGAGGAAAGCUGAGGAAGCCUUACACAGGUUCUCCCGCACAUCAAGUGUGCCUUUUUCCACGGAGCCAUCAUCUGAAAACUCGGAGGUAGGAUCUGGAACAGCAAGCACACACACCCAGGUUAGGAAGCCACCCCGUUCCAUCACAAAAGGGCGUCCAAAAGAGAUAAGAUACAAAUCGGGAUUGGAGAUUCAAGCAAAACACAAGAAACCAAAGAAAGGGACGGGCAAUACGUAA